AUGGCCCACCACACCGCUCGUCUCUCGAUCGCCAUCCUAUCACUGCUCUCCAUCUGCGCAGGCCCGUCGUACUCCGACGACACGGCAUACGCCAAAUCCCUCCUCAAAUUCAAGCAAUCCCUAACCGAUACCUCGUUCGCACUCGACAGCUGGCGCGAGCCUGUUGAAAACUCGCUGUGUACACGCAACAAACCCAACUGGGCCGGCCUGCUUUGCUCCAACGGCUCUCUAAUCGGGCUUAGGCUCGAGAACAUGGGCCUCCGCGGAGAAAUCGACUUGGGCCCGUUGACCGAGCUGCCCCUUCUCACCCUAAGCUUCAUGCACAACAACCUCUCGGGCAGUUUCCCGAGCGGUUUGAGGCGGCUCGGGAAGCUGAGGAGCCUUUUUCUUGCGAACAAUGGGUUCGGAGGGGAAAUCCCGAACGACUCGUUCGAUGGGAUGAGGAGCAUGAGGAGAAUUGUGUUGCUGAGGAGCACGAUCGAAAAUUUAGAGUAUCAAAUUGUGGAGAAGAAUGGAGAAAUGAAAGAAAAGGAUGCAGUAAUUGCUGAUAUGGAGAAGCUAAUCAAAGAAAAAUCAGAUAGCCUCGUAACUCUGAAGGGUGAAAUUUCCUCCCUACAAGAAAAUGGAAAUUCAGAUGCCGAUGUGCAGUUGGGAAAGUCACAUGCAAGGAUUGGUGAAUUAGAAAAGCAAGUGGAGAAACUCACUAAAGAUCUCGAGGUGAAAAUCAAGGAAAAGGAUCAACUAGAAGCUCGACUAACAGAAGCUGAGAAAAGGGCUUCUGAAUUGAAUACCAAAGUUAAUAGCCUUCAAAAGAUAAUUGACAACCAGAAGUCCAAGUUACAGAAAACCGAACGGGCUCUUCAAAUUGCUGAGGAAGAAAUGAUGAACACCAAGUUUGAGGUGGCAUCUAAAACGAAGGAGUUGAUGGAGGUUCAUGGUGCUUGGUUUCCUCCAUGGCUUGCUGCUCAUUUAAUUCGCUAUCAGGCACAUUUAAAGACGAAUUGGAACAUUCAUGGGAAGCCUACUUUCGAGCUGUUGAUGCAAAAGGCUGUUGAGAAGAAAGCCCAAGUCGAAGAUUUGGCUGGGCCACAUGUGAAAGCCAUGAAAACUAAAUUGGCACCAGUUGUUAAGGAAAAAUGGACAGUAGUUGCAAGUAAUGUUCAACCACACGUGCAAACACUGACAACAAAAUCCAUCGAGAUAUAUAAAUCGUCUAAGAAUGCAUUAUCUGCACAUAUCACUCGAGUUUUGGAACUUGUUGAUCCAUAUUUUCAGGAUUUGAGGAAAAUUAGUAACCCGUAUAUUGAUCGGGUAGCCGAUGCAGCUAGGCCUCAUGUUGACAAAUUACGUGCCGUUUUGAAGCCCUACACAGAAAAGGGAGCUCGAGUGUCUGUAAAAUUACUUGAAUCGGCAGAAAUAUACCAUCAUCGCGUUCAACACAAGGUCGAGGAGAAACUCAAGUCUCAUGAACUUACAGUGCCUUUGGCAACAAAAGAACUUGUUUGGUUUUCGGCGUCUGCUCUGUUGGCUUUGCCCUUCAUUUUCCUCAUGAAAAUAUGUUCGGCCAUCUUUUGUAGAAAGGCGCCAAGGCCGACUCAAAAUGUUAACAGAGAUCGUGGGAAAGCAAAUUAG